AGAGGCUCCAACUUCCUGUGUGUCUCAGCUGAGUUCAGCCUCUCUCCGGGAGGCUUGUGGCUCUGCAGACCGGGGAGGAGGAGGCUUCUGUGGGGGGUGUAUGUAGGGGGAGCUCCGUGCACCACCAGUGCGUAAAUGUGGAUUAUUUUGGGGUCAAAUUGUUCCUGCUUCCCCCGCCUCGGCGCAGCGGCGUACCCGCGGAUAGUGUGAGAGAAGCCGGGCUGCUGGCCCUGGUUCUCUCGGCCCCGGCCUUCAGCACCAUCAACCACCGUCUGUGUGUGUGGUAGACAAGCCGCUACAAAACUGCUGCUGCACCGGCAGUCUGCCGCACCGACCCCCGCUGCAGGAGAACCGGGGCGAGGAGAGGAGCACCGGGGAAAGGAGAGGAGAGGAGCCGUGCAUGGUGCUCCGAGCACCGGGGAGAGGAGGACCCAGAGAUGGCUGUCCUCAAACUGGCCGAACAGCCUCCUCUCAUCCAGGCGAUCUUCAGCGGAGACCCUGAGGAGAUCCGGAUGCUCAUCUAUAAAUCUGAAGACAUCAAUGCUCUGGAUGCAGAGAAGCGGACCCCGCUGCACGCUGCCGCCUUCCUGGGAGAUGCAGAGAUCACCGAGCUCCUCAUCCUCUCUGGGGCUCGGGUCAAUGCCAAAGACAACAUGUGGCUCACCCCCCUCCAUCGGGCGGUGGCAUCCCGGAGCGAGGAGUCAGUGAGGGUUCUGCUCCGUCACUCGGCCGACGUGAACGCUCGGGAUAAGAACUGGCAGACGCCGCUGCACGUCGCUGCGGCCAACAACGCGCUGCGAUGCGCCGAGGUCAUCAGCCCGCUGCUGAGCAGCGUCAACGUGUCGGACCGCGGCGGACGCACCGCCCUGCAUCACGCUGCGCUCAACGGCCACACAGAGAUGGUGAACCUGCUCCUGGCUAAAGGAGCGAACAUCAACGCCUUCGAUAAGAAGGACGGCCGGGCGCUGCACUGGGCGGCGUUCAUGGGCCACCUGGACGUGGCGUGUCUGCUGGUGAGUCAGGGCGCAGAGAUCAGCUGUAAAGACAAACGGGGAUACACCCCCCUCCACACAGCGGCCUCCAGCGGGCAGAUCGCCGUAGUCAAACACCUGCUGAACCUGUCUGUGGAGAUCGAUGAGUCGAAUGCGUUUGGGAACACGCCGCUGCACGUGGCGUGUUUUAACGGUCAGGACGCCGUGGUCAGCGAGCUGAUCGAUUACGGCGCUAACGUCAGUCAGGCCAACAACAAGGGCUUCACCCCGCUGCACUUCGCUGCUGCGUCCACACACGGAGCGCUGUGUCUGGAGUUCCUGGUCAACAACGGGGCGGACGUCAACGUACAGAGUCGUGACGGGAAGAGUCCUCUUCACAUGACGGCGGUUCACGGGCGCUUCACUCGCUCACAGACUCUCAUCCAGAAUGGUGGGGAGAUCGACUGCGUGGACAAAGAUGGAAACACUCCUCUGCACAUCGCUGCUCGAUACGGUCAUGAACUCCUCAUCAACACGCUCAUCACCAGCGGGGCCGACUGCACCAGGCGAGGAGUCCACGACAUGUUCCCUCUGCACCUGGCGGCUCUGAACGCUCACUCUGACUGCUGCAGGAAGCUGCUCUCCUCAGGCUUCCAGAUCGACACUCCGGACAGCCUGGGGAGGACCUGCCUGCACGCCGCCGCCGCCGGGGGUAAUGUGGAGUGUGUGAAGCUGCUGCUGAGCAGCGGGGGAGAUCACAACCGGAGAGAUAAGUGCGGCAGAACCCCCCUCCACUAUGCGGCAGCGAGUCGUCACUAUCAGUGUCUGGAGACGCUGGUCGCCUGCGGCACCGCCAUCAACGCCACCGACCAGUGGGGGCGCUCCGCCCUGCACUACGCUGCGGCCUCGGACCUGGACCGCAGGCGGCGAGUGAACCUGGAGCCGGAGAGCGAAGGCGUUCAAGCGGAGAGAGAGAAGGAGGCGGCGCUAUGUUUGGAGUUCCUGCUGCAGAGCGGAGCCACGGCGUCCCUGAGAGACAAACAGGGCUACAGCUCCGUGCACUACGCCGCUGCCUACGGACAUCGGCACUGUCUGGAGCUGCUGCUGGACAGAGACGACAGUCACCAAGACGACCCCGAGGCUCUGAACGCUAAGAGCCCUCUGCACCUCGCUGCGUACCACGGCCACGCCCAGGCGCUGGAGGUGCUGCUGCAGGGGGAGCGAGAGGUGGAUCAGAGGGACGAGGCAGGGCGGACACCACUCGCCCUCGCCGCCCUGCGGGGCCACGCCGAGUGCGUUCACACACUCCUCAGCCAGGGGGCGUCGCCACGCGCCACCGACAGCCAAUACGGACGCAGCGCCGUGCACCUGGCAGUGAUGAACGGGCACACGACGUGUGUGCGCCUCCUGCUGGAUGAAGUGGAUGGUGCAGACUUGGUGGAUGCUGCUGACGCUCAGGGACAGACUCCUCUGAUGCUGGCGGUGGCCGGCGGUCACGUGGACGCCGUGUCGCUGCUGCUGGAGAGGGAAGCGAAGGUGAACGCAGCGAGCAAACACGGCCUCACCGCCCUGCACCUCGGGCUGCUGUGUGGGCAGGAGGAGUGCAUCCAGUGUCUGUUGGAGCAGGAAGCCUCGGUUCUGAUCGGAGACUCUCGGGGUCGGACCCCCAUCCACCUGGCGGCGGCUCGAGGUCACGCCUCCUGGCUGAGCGAGCUGCUGAGCAUCGCCUGCUCCGAGCCCCCCGUGCUCCCCCUGCUGAGGGACAGCAGCGGGUACACCCCCCUGCACUGGGCCUGCUACUACGGUCACGAGGGGUGUGUGGAGGUUCUUCUGGAGCAGAAAGGAUGCCGCUGUAUUGAAGGAAACCUGUUCACUCCGCUGCACUGUGCUGUGGUGAAUGAUCACGAGCCGUGUGCUGCCCUGCUGCUGGAAGCCAUGGGGUCGGACAUCGCCGGCUGCAAAGAUGCUAAAGACAGGACUCCUCUUCACGCCGCAGCAUUCUCUGGUCAUGUCGACUGCGUGCAGCUGAUCCUCUCCCAUGAUGCACCUAUGGAUACUGUGGACCAAUCAGGUCGCACUGCGCUGAUGAUGGCGGCGGAGAAGGGCAGAGUCGGAGCGCUCGAGGUGCUGUUGACCAGCGCCAGCGCCACCCUCAGUCAGACGGACAAAGACGGAAACACGGCUCUGCAUCUGGCCUGCAGUAACGGGAAGGAGGACUGUGUGAUGAUGAUUCUGGAGAAACUGUCGGACACUGCGCUCAUCAACGCCACCAAUGCAGCGCUGCAAACUCCGCUCCACCUGGCGGCUCGCAGCGGGCUGAAGAAGGCGGUGCAGGAGCUGCUGAGCCGAGGAGCCAACGUCCAGACGGUGGACGAGAACGGUCUGACGCCUGCUCUGGCUUGCGCUCCUAGCAGAGAGGUGGCUGACUGUCUGGCUCUCAUUCUGGCUACCAUGAUGCCUUUCUGCUCCCCUUGCAGCUCCGGGGCCCCGUCCCCUGGCUCCCUGCUGAGGCAGCUACCCCACCAGGGGGUGAAGGGCCCGGGCGUCGGAGGACCCCGCGGGCCACGGAGCCCCAGGAACCCCAACUCCAGACCCUCCAGCGAGGGAACCACGGAGAACGACUCGGAGGACUCGGAGACCUUCUGACCAACUCUCUGCCCUCCCGCCUCGGACUGUAGGAUCUUCAGCCUAAUACUCGAGCUCCUCUGGGGGUCACACACACACACACACACACACACACACACACACACACACACACACACACACACACACACACACACACACACACACACACACACACACACAGACUCCUGUGGCGACACACACCUUCAAUACCUGGUCAUAAGACAGCGACACCCUACGACACACACAGUGCAUAACAGCCAACCUCAACACACACAUGAUAGCGCUUUAUCCAAUGACCCCUCAACAUCUCCUCCUCCUUCACACAGAUCAAUGUGCCAUUUUUGCUCAAGGAAACACACACACACACACAUACACACACACACACAUACACACACACACACACACACACACACACACACACACACACACACACACACACACACACACACACACACACACACACACACUUUGUCAUCGGGAGCAACCAGGGGUUCAAUAUCUCUCCCAAGGAUACAUUGACAUGUUGACUUUACUGGGCUGGGAUCGAACCCACAAUGCACCUCUUUCGCUCCGCCCCCCCCAAGUCCUCCUCUUCCUCCCCCAUCCCAGGGACCAUGCGGUGUUUCUUCUCCUGAGGGAGGAGGGCAGAGACUUGGAUGUUUUUGUACAGAAUCCUGCGUGGCACCGGGAGCUUUUUUUCUCAGUGCCCCCUUUUUUUUCCAAAAACAAUGACCUCCACGAUGAAGAGGAAGAUGAGGAGGAAGAGGAGGGGUCUGCAUGAUUAACUCACACCACGGUUUGUUCUUUAACUCACGGGUGCUUAAAUCCAAACCGACCUCGGUACUUUGGUCUCCGCACGGCGCCGCCUCCGAGACUUACUUUGUCUUAAAUAAAUGUAAAAAAAUAGAAGCCAUUUUUAACUGUUUGUACAAAAAAAUGAAGUCGUCAUUUGAACCUUUCUAUGAUUUGAUUUCCCGGCGUGUUGUUGUACCAAAUAUUUGACUUCCACUGGUGAAUAACUGAUGGAGAGGUACUUUUGUAACACGACUGAAGCACAAAUGCUUUUAGGUUUCGCUGAUCUGUCGCUGAAAUGUGAAUAAGAUGUUUUAAUAUCCCACGAGAAAAUCAGUUAUGACACACAGUGGGUGCAUCUCAAUUCCCUUAAUUGCACCCCUUAAAUGUGUGUGAGGUGAUUCAGGAUUCAAGUUACACAAUUGUAGAGAAAUUAUGAAAUGUAUGCACACUAUUUUUAUCGGUAAUACUUGAAAUACUUAAAUUAAAUACUUGAUUUGUGUCCCUAUGUAUUGAGUUUCUUUCUAUCAUUUCUAUAUUAAAAAUAAUACGGAUACUAAGUAGAAUGUCUCGUAAUUUUCUGACGAUUUAAAGUAGCUGGAAGGUUUUUGAAAGUACAAGUUAAAAUCGAAAUGAUUAUCUUUAAACGUCGGGAUUUAAAAAUGAAGAUCUGAAGAGACUGAGAGAGCUGAAAGACUGCCAUACAUGUUAAAAGAGGUCAUUAAAGAUCACAAAAGAAGGUCUGAAGAUGUCUUAAGAGAGUUUAAUAGCAUUUUAUUAAAUAUAUUUAAUCAUAUACUUAAAGUUAGAACUUAUUCCCGACAUUUCAACUCAUUUUCAAUUUCAUUUCCCCCCAUAAUGCGUGGCUUUACCGCUCUUCAGUGAGACGGAAAGGAAAUUAAAGGAUGUUUUAUAGGAGAUUUGUUAUUAAACUGUAAUGAUUGCAUUCCCUUUUUUGGAGUUAUACACAACUGGAGUUGGUUUUGUUAAUCUAAACUACUAUAAAGAAGGGGAAAAUCACUCUGAUGUGCAGAAGUCUGACUCAAUUAAUGGACGAUUUUUGGAAAUAAGGACCAAUUAAGAGAAUUGAGACGCACCCACUGACUGAGCACAGGGUUUUAGCAGCAGUGUGAAUCAGAUGCAGUUCCUCCUGCAGCCCCUGCACUGUUUUGUCCCCCCCCCAGUAAACACGGAGAACCCUAACACCCCCCCCCCCUCUAAAUGUCCUGCAGAAUCCCAAAUGUCUGAUGUCUUGCUCCCUUUAGCUCCCUGUGGUAUUCAUUAUCUAUGGUACAGAUACUGCCAGCACUUACAAUGUAAACACAGGGCCUUGACCACUCUCCCCCCUCCUCCCCCCUCUGUGUGUCUACCAGCUAUGUGCCAUUGUCUGAAAUGUGUCCAGUGCCUUGAUGUUGAUUUAAUUUCUGUGAUGAGAUGAUAAAAACAAUCUGCUGAUUAAAGGAUCAGUUCACCCAAAUCGCUGGUGGAAUCGAGCCGUGCACGUUGUCCGUUGUCCGCUUUGAGAUACUUGUGUCAGAUUUAUGAAAUCUAAACCCUUAUUUUUUGUGCAUUUUGCAUGACAUUGUCCUGGGUUUAGCUGAAACUGUGAGCCAAUCAACAGGAUAAACAUCAGCUACUGUUUUAAAAAAUACACAAAUUGUUUUUUAAAUUCUUCGUCUUUUUUUGUGCAAUCUUUCCAACAUUUCAUGCAAAUUUUGGCUCUUUUUUCCAGCUUUUCCGGUGUUAAAAUGGGAUAAAACAACAUUUUUGUAUUUGUUUAUUUGGUAACUUGCAUCCCUUAUUGCCCUCUCUUCAUCACUGUUGAGUUAUUAUUUAUUUUCUAUUGUUUUCAUCAACACAAACACUGUCUUGAAGGCAGGAAUUAUCUGAAAACCUUGACAAACACAAAGCAAACUGAAUGCACGACGACAACCAGAUGCCUUUUUGCAGUUUUGGGUGAACUAGUCCUUUAAUGUGUGGAUCAUAAUGUGGACGUUUAGGUUACAGAGACACAUUUUACGAAGGGUUUGCUCUGUGUGAGCAACCGAUAUGCAGAUGAUUAUUGUUUUUUGUGAAUGAUGUCUCCCUCCACUGUCUUCUCUCCUCUAAGCUGCUGAUAUUUGAUAUUUCUACUGUCAACAAAUCCCUCGAAAAGACAUGAAUUCAUACAGAAAUUCACCAAAAAUCCUUAAAAAAUGCCCAAAAAUACUUGCUUUGAUUUAAAUAUGAAGGUGAAAUGACUCCUUAGUACAUCUGAUUGUUGAGGACUACUUUUAGCGGUGGAUUAAUCCUCACUGUUGUCAGGAAGCACCGUGUGCAGAAGGGAUCUUUUCGAGGGCUUUGCAGACAGUAAUACAAAUAUUUCCAGACUGUCCUUUCUGUGUGUGUGUGUGUGUGUGUGUGAGUGAGGGUGUUAGCUUUAGGUACUGAUAUGAAAUUGAACUGCUUUUGUAUAUAAUGUGGAUUCAAACCUUUGUAAAAACGUCUGAGUGACCUCUCCAGUAAUAUUUCCCAGACUGUAAUUAUUUUAAUUUCAGAUCCCUGUCAGCUGCAGUUAAUUAUAACGGAGGCGAUAAGCACACACACGGUUUGUCCCUGAGACACUGAACCUGUCUGCCAGUAUUAUAAUUAUUAUUAUUAUUAUUAUAAUUAUUAUUAUUAUUAUUAAUGUUAUUUUACCAGAAAGAUGAGCUUCACCGGGACAAUCGUGGGUCGAGUGUCUGAUGACUUUCAUACAGUUCCUGAUGCAGUACCACACGCUGUUUUAUAGAAAUUGUUCAAAUAUAAAAAUCAGUUUGAAGUUA